AAAGAGAUGAAAUAAUUAUUUAAUUGGUGUUGCUAGAAUCUCUGCUAAUUUGUGUUCGUACGGUUCUCUGGCGCAACCAACUAUUCCAUACCCCAUGGAUAAUCUGGCCACAUGAUCAGUUGACUCUUCCCCAGGCUGCCACUCGGAAUAGCGUCACAGUCACGUGCAGGCGUCAUGCUGCUCCCCGUAUCCGUCCCCGUCUGCCUUUGUAGGCCAAUUGGUAAUUUUGCGAAGCGGGCAGAAACUUCUUCGCCACUAAUGACAAACAAUUUGGAAAUAGAAAUACAUAGAUAUAGAAACAGAAACGGGCGCUAAAAUUACAAAAUCUAAUAACGCGCGGCUAAUGCAAUCGGGUGAAAGAAAGAAAGCAAGCCAGCUCGGCAGUUGCUGAAUGACUGGAGAGAGAGCCAGCGCUGAAUUCCGGCUGGAGAAAUGGCCUAAACAGAGAAAGAGAGAGAAACGAUGCAUGAGAGUUGCUCUGUCUUGGCAGGUGCUGUGAGAGCCACGAUCUGAGCGGCAGCUCCGUUGGAGCUGCAAGAAAAAGUCAGGCCGGCCAGCCAGUCUAACGACAAGAGCUGAAGCAUAAAGACAUGCGACGUCGGGUGCAACGUCCGUUAGAGUCAGAGUCAUUGAACGCUUGCAUUUGGCAGCCAAACAAAUAAUCAAAGCCUCAAACUUAGACCAGAAGACUCCAGACUGAGAAGGCAGCCGCGUGUUGCACAGUGCCCCCUUAUACACAGUGUCUUCCGUCCGCCGCGUGCAACAUAAGUAUACGUAAUCAUGGUGGUCGCCACGCCCCCAACCACAGCAACGGGAGUAGGAGGCAGUAGUAGCAAUAGCAGCAGCAGCAGUGGCAGCAAUCCGGGUAAUUGCUACAUGGAUCAGUACCAGAAGUACGCCACGCACUGCGAGCGGGCGGACAGCGGGAACGGAAGCGAUCUGGAGAGCAACGGCGUUCCGGCCAAGCCCGCAUCGCUGCUGACCGACGACAGCGAGGAGAGUGGUCCCUCCUCCCUGGGCAGUGACUCCCUCAACUGCAGCAGCACGGAGUACGUGCGUCAGGCGGCCUCCCAGCCCAGCGGCCAGCUGCAGCUGCAGCGGCAGCGGCAAAAGUCGAUACGCAUGCUGGGAUCCCUGGGCUCCCUGCUGCCGGACUCCCUGCUGCGAGACAUACGGGAUCGGCGCAGUGCGGAGGAGUACGUGGUGCAGUACACGGGGACCGUCACUACCCAGGCCGAUAUCGAUACCGAUGCCGAUGCCGAGGUCAAGGACAAGCCAAUGCCAGCGGGCAAGAUGUCGUUGCGCCUGUCCCGCGAGUCGCUUAGCGAGGAGAAAAUCGAGGAGCUGCGUGCAGCCGUGGAGAGAGCCAACUUUGUGCAAACCGGUGAGGAGUCGUUGGACAGCAUUGAGGCCGCCUCGCAAUCUCUGCCAGUUACCAGCAACAUCCACGGCCACAGCCACACCAAUGGCAGAGGCAGUGGCAGUGGCAGUGGCAGCAGCAACAUCAACUACAAAUAUGCAGACGAUCAAUACUACAGCUUUCACAUUAACGAGCACGAGAACUUUAGCAGCUUCGCGCGUCACGUCGACGGCGACGAGUCGGAGAUGGCCGCGAGCCUAACGGAACAGCAAGAUCUCUUCGCCGGCUACCGGGAUGUGCGGUGUGGCAGCAGCUCCACCCAGUCUACCAUUCGCUCGGCCAAGGGAACGGUGCGAGGCGUCAAGAAUCGUGUGCGCAAUGGAAUAGCCACGUUCUUGCAGCUCCAGCAGCAGCCCAAUGCCAAGUGCUACAAAGAGAAAGACCUGGGAAAAGUGGUGCUGUACACCACCAGCAUGGGCAUUAUACGGGACACCUACACGAAAUGUGCCAAUGUCAAGCAGAUUCUGCGCACUCUGCUGAUCAAGUUCGAGGAGCGGGAUGUCUUCAUGAGCGUCGAGUACCAGGCCGAGAUGCGCCAGCGCAUGCAGACCUCCCAUGUCCGAGUGCCCCAGCUGUAUGUCGAGGGCCAGCACAUCGGCGACGCGGACACAGUGGAGCGGUUGAACGAGUCCGGGGAGCUUCGCCAGCUACUCAAGCCGUACAAGUCCAUUUCCAGCACCUACACCUGCCAGACCUGCGGCGGCUACCGCCUGCUGCCCUGUCCCUCCUGCAACGGGUCCAAGAAGUCCGUUCACCGGAACCACUUUACGGCCGAGUUCGUGGCCCUCAAAUGCAUGAACUGCGACGAGGUAGGACUGGUCAAGUGCCACAACUGCUGAGGAGAGCCCGGGACUGGACUGGACUGGAUCCGGAGCUGGAGUGCGGACUGUCUGUAUAGCUCAUAAGUGUUUCUGCAUUUUAUAUCCGCUCAGCCUUUAUUUUUUGCGUGUAAAUCAAGCUAAUCGUAAGCCCUGUUAAGCUUAGUCAGCAAUUAACAACAAGCAGCAUAUUCUAGUUCUAAGUAGUAAAUAGUUUAAAAAGAAUA